AUGCCUCAAGUCCUCUCAUUUUCAUUUCUCUUCUUUCCUGUUUACCCACCAUCCUAUCGACCAAACACGUCUUCUUCAAAGACGACGUCGACUCCUCCUCGUGCGUCGGCACAGGACGGUAUCGGAUCCUCACGGGCUGAUCCAGCUUCUCCGGUAUCAUCCCCAUUCUCUACCACCUCGACGGCCGACGACGGUGAAUCAUCAUCACCGAUCCUGCCACCGCUACCAGCACCGAAACUACCAGAAAGAGCAUUGGAAUAUCUCAGGACACCACCGCAGUCCAGACACAACAAUAUUGAGGAAGGUCAAUACGCGACUACUAGCUGGGGAUCGCCAUAUCCCCACGCCGACAGCAAUCAUCAUCGGAGACUGAGCUUUAGCAGCGAGCCCUCGGAGGAUUCUCCUCUGCAUCAACUUGCGAUCAAUACGCCCUUCUUGCGCCCAGCCCCCUUGGUUCUGACCACCGACUCCGAGCGAUCACACCCAUCGUUGUCUGGUAGCGCUGCUGUACUUGCGAACCGUGCCAGGCGUCCACCUCGCGGCAUCACAGAGGAUUGGAUCCGUCAGCAUACCACUGGUGACCUGACCUCCGAACACCAUCACUGGCUAAGUGACGGGACUGACGAUAGUGAGCACUCUUCACUGAGCGGCUCCAUCUCGGGCGACGACGCGGGUUGGUCUGAGGAAACGGACCCACGAACGCCGCGCCCCACCCUCCGUCUGGCUUCGGUGUCCGAUCAUACCCUUCGACGAUAUCCGAGAAACCAGUCAAGUAACGAGACUUUGAGGCAGGCGAUUCAGAACCGACGCGUGGCUAGCCAAUCCGCAAGCAUGGACUCCUUGGACGUGGAUAGGGGCAUCCAAGAUGCGGCUAGUAUUCAUACCAUCGACACCGUGUCGGAGGUGGCCCCUAGGACAGACACUCCCAUCAAAAUGGAUCUACCAAACUUGAAUGGAUCAGCAUUUGGUCCAUCUGCCGACCUUGAGCCUCCAAUGACCCCCGUCAAGCCGAAGAAGGCGGUUGUCUCGCAAACACCUAGACUCAAGAAGAAAGUACCAUGGAGAGGCAAGAAUAUUAUGGUAUUGUUGCCUCGGGACAAAGAGCAAGGUCAACCUGGCAAUGCGCCAAUGCCUCUCGACGCAUCCCAAGUGGAAACUAUGUUGAAUUCUUGGGAAGAGUUGGGCUACAAUACCCGAGGGUUUGACUUGGAAGGUGGCCGCAGUUUACUAGACCCCGAUGAGACCAAUUCUCAAAGUCGAAAUGAGUGGCCCAACCAGGAGGAUCUCACAAGAGAGCGUUCGCAGCAGCCAUACCAGGUGACGCUUCCUGAUCUGAAUGCGUGGAGGGACUACGUCAAUGAACUUCAGGAAGCCAAGCUUAGAGCACUUGGUGUUUCGUUUGGCGACGAUGAACCUGCACCUCCACCUUCAAUUUCGCCUGCGAUGCCCAACUUAAGCUGCCAGCCUUCUAGCCAGUUUCAAACUAUGCCGUUUUCGCCGCCGUUGCCCACUGCAUCGGCUGCUAGUAACGGACCCCAGGGCUUCCCCUUCCCGAGCGCCUUCCUAUCUAACGGCGCGUCGUCAGGCGCCCAGAGUCCCGGAAUUCCUUCGACUGCGUCACCGGUUUCGUUUAACGGACCUCCGGGACAUGGCAGAUUCAAUCCCAGGGCUGGAUCAAUGUCAAUGUCAAUCUCACCUCACGAGCUGCCGUUCAAUUUCUCAGGGCAGCCUUCACCUCGUGGCUGGUCUCCACAGAUGAUGUUGCAACAGCAGCAGCUUGGUCGGAAUCGCUCACCAUCGAUGCUUAACAUGAACUCCUUGGUUUCCCCAACAUCACCAUUCCAGCGUGAUGGCAUGUCGCCCCCAGUUAACAUGCACCAGAGACAUCAGUCCCUGCAAUACCCAAUGUUGCCCCACCAGCAUCUCCAGAGACGUGACUCCGCGCGGGCAUCACCACGGCUACAGGAGUUGCGUGAGGACGAAGAGGAAAUCAACAGCAAUCCACCACUGAAGAGUCCGUCGAAGACUCCCAAGCCAGCUCAAUUCAUCCGUCACAACGCUAGUGACAGCCUGCAAAAAGAGAUUGACGAUGCUGAAUACCAUCUGGAGGAGCAAUUCAGAUCUCAGCUAGAGCACGAGGAUUACAGUCCGCAUAACGAGAACGAGAAGGCAGAAGCACACCAACCUCUGAACCAACCUGACAAUCCCACCGAGCUGCACGCUAGGGGGCCGUCUGUACACUUUGGCGGCUUUGGCACGGACUCUGACGAAGGGCCCAGGUUGCAUCACCCGCAACCCCACAGCCGUGGCCAUUCCUUAUCCCAAAAGGCGUUCUUCGAUAACGACGAGGUGCGCGACAGUACCGACGAAGGAAGCGUCAGGAAGCCUCAGCCUCAGAGUCUUGACUCGCAGAAGCCUGAUGACUCAUACGAAAUCGAGACGAACCCAAGCAAUUUGGGCACACCCGUCCAAUCGUUCGAACUGAUGAAUCAAUUGCACCAGAGAACACUCUCGACAGCGAGCAAUCCCUGGGCUGACGUUGAGUCUCUUUCUAACAGCAACAUGCCGUCACGACGAGCUAGUCACGCAAGCAAACCCUCGUUCUCGAAGUUGAACGCCGGGGCUGCUGAGUUCAAGUUUAACCCGACGAGCAGCUUCACUCCUGGCCAAUAUGUGUUUGGCGGUAACAGCGCGCGGCCCAGUCCCUUCCAACCAGCUGGGUUCCAAGCUCCCUCAUUCACGCCUAACCCGCUAUCAACAACCUCAAGUCACUUCAGCGUGCCCUCGACUUCCUCCUCGGCAAUGGCGAAGAUCAACGCUGCGGCGCCUACAUUCUCCCCUCGCAAGGGCGACUUUAGCUUUUCUGCUUCUGGCCCCAAGUUCAACCCAGAUGCCAAGGCAUUCCAACCUCUGAGCUCAGUCCCACCAUCUAUCGCCAGUGUAGGGCUUUCUGGUAAUGAAAGUGCUGACAACCGGGCUACCUCGAUCUUUAGCAAUAUUGAUCUUAGCCUUUCUGACAUUGUCAAGCCCGUGAAGAAGUCAAAGGCCAUUCCAAUUGUGCGUCCUUCUAGUCGACACUCCCCGGCUCCCGCACCUGCUCCAGUUGGCACUGCUACGUCAGUCGUCGAUGGUGAUCAGCACGGUCGUGUAGCGGAUACAAGCCGACUCCGGAAGAAGUUCAGAGACAACAACGACAAUGGUGAUGAUGUACCUCUAUUCGCUGAACCCACUCCGGAACCCGAGCCUAUGCCACAAGCACAACUCAGACCUGCUACAUCUGAAGCGGGUUCUGAAAAGGCAGACAAGCUUGAAGACAGCGAUGCGCCUGUUACCAUGAACGCUGAAGAUGAACUUGCCAACUUGGGUGAUACUACCUUCGCAUCCACUACUCACUCAGAAUCGACAGAUGGAAAGCUGCAGUCUGAGUCAAAUGAUACGAAGGCAACGACAAGUCCAUCAGCAACGUCCCCUGAUCAAGACCAGACAAAUUGGCGGCCCUUCGAGUUUAGGAACGAUGCUGAAAUUAUGGAUUUCAACAACGCUCGCCCCUUCGGCGAGGAUGUGCCCUCAUUUACACGACAACACAAGAAGAACUCUUUGUCUGCUACUGCCCAACCCUUCGUUCCUGGCGGCUUCACGUUUGGGGCUGAGAGUUCUAUUGAUACUCCGUUCGAGCCUAUCCUCAAGACGCAGCCAGCACAACUUACCGAGCCGUUGGACGAGUCUGAGGAAGACCGUGCUGGUUCGCCAACUCCCAUGCCUGAGCUUCGACCGGCUGCUCUGUCUGAGUCUGAACCAGUAACCCAACAAGAGGCAUCACCUUCCCCAAAACCCGCACCCGCGCCUCCUGUAAAGGGUCUCGGCUUUUCCCGAUUCGCAUCUCCUCCACCUGCGGCAAAGGGCUUGAAAGCAUCCAGAUUUGCUUCCAGUCCUUCGCCGCCACCGCAAUCAGCGAACGAGGUUGCUUCUCCAUUUGCUGCCUCGCCAUCUCCAGUGUCAGAAGUCAAGGCUACGCACCCUGUUGCAGGCAAUGACGUUCAGCGGAUCAGUAAGACACCAGAACUGCACAGCUAUGAACCAUUGCCUGUCAGUCCACCAUCAGAUGCUGGUGCUCAACCUAAAGACGAAGCUACUCAUGAACCAACGUUCGAAGAAAUCGAUGCAGUCAUGGAUCUCCUCAACCACAAUGACCCUACGAUGGGAGCUAAGAAGACUAUCGACUCUCCACAGUGGCACCAUCCGAGCCCUGUGCGCAGGAUUUCUGUAUCAGGCGUCACAACCUCUCCGCCUCUGGACUUGCCACCCCAAAUGCCAUUCCGAAACGAUGCUCCAAGCCCGGUAACUCGCCAAUACCGAACCUUGCCUCAAGAAGCUGCGCGUCCCAUGCCCUCCACCGAGCUCGAAGACCCGUUCCUCGACCCUCCGCAAAGUGCUAUAUCACAGUCCUUUGACGCACCAAUCCAGCGCCUUAACAUUGGUGAGAGCCUUCCUGAGAGUGAGUGGGAUGAUGCAUUCAGCGAAAGUGAGCAGGGCAAGCUUGAGCAGCGUGUCCAGUAUUUCGAUGGUCAUGUCAGUGAUUUGGUAGGCAACAUUCUGUCUUCUCGACUUGAUCCGCUUGAGCACACCCUGGACACGAUUCAGCACGCGCUGAGCAGCCUGUCUCGAAGGGCGCCGUCCAGCCGUCGCGAGCGGCGCAGCGUCUCUGCCGAGAUUCAAGAAAGCGAUGCCGAUGAUGAAGACGACGAUGCGCCUAUUCGUCGUUCAACAAGUCCUCGACGAGAUAAGAAGAUGGAUCAGAUCCGUAUUGCCGUUAUGGAUGCUUUCAAUCUACAGCAGACCACGCGUGCUUUGCAAGCUGCGCAGCUUGAAUCGGUUGAAGAGCAAGCCGUCAAAGAAGACACUGCUGUUCUUAAAGCACUAGAAGAAAUGAGAGAGCAGUUUGCUCAAAACUUACAUCUCGAUUUCCGCGCCGAGGACCUACGGAACAUUGUCGAAGAAGCGGUGGAACGUCGCAUGCCCCCUACUCCCCAGCCAGUCAUCAAGGAUGACGAGGAAGCGAACAACAAGCUUUCCGAGAUGCAAUCGAGGAUCCUCGAGCUCGAGCAGCGUCUUCGCACCGAGGAGAGAAGAACCGAGAGUGAACGCUCACGAGUUUUGGACAGCGAAGCAAAACUACGUGCUGCCGAGGACAGAAGCGAGAACGAGACGACCAUUAGACGUGGUGCCGAAGAUCGUACUUCCGAGCUUCGCCGACAAUUGGAACAAGCCGAGACGAAGGUGGAAGUCGAGAUCAUGAAUCGCAGCGUGUUCGAUCAGAGAAUCCACGAUCUGGAGCAGCGGCUCGGAGCUCAAGAGCAUAGAACUGAGUUUGAGCUCGCCGGCCGUAGGGAAGCUGAAGACAGGCUCUCCGAGACCCAACGACUGCUUCGAAUCUCGUCAGAAGAGGAAGAUCGUCUUCGGUCUGUGCUUGAUGAGCGUGAGCAGAAGAUUAAGGUCAUCGAGCAGUCAUCCGGAAAGAACAACAUGCGCCUUGCUCUACUCGAAGCAGCUCAGACCAAUGGCGAACAGACACAGGCCGAGCUGAAGAACCGCCUCAACAUUGCAGAGGUUGAACUGCGUGACACAAGGCAAGAAGCCCGCCACUGGCGGUCCGAAGCCGAGCACGCAAGAGAGUCAGCGCAUCGACAGGCAGAUGAUCUUGUUCAGGUCGUGAAUGAGAACAAGCACUUCCACAAGCUGAUCGACACCCUCAGCGUUCAACUCGAAGAGAACGAACGGAUCAGAGAUAACUGGCGAGCUAAGUUUGUCUCUUUGCAGGAUGACAUGGCCCACGCCGCUCGUGAAAUCACUGAGGAGAACUCGCGUCGCUCCAAGAAGGAGCAGGCCCUUAUUGCACGCCAAGAAGUGCUCGACGCUAAACUCCAGGCCGAAGCACGGACUCGCGAGCGACUCGAAGUCGAAGUCGAACGUCUGGAAGGCGGCGAGCGUGCUGGCAUGAGAGCCGUCGGUGAACUGAAGCGUCUCGAAGGCAUCAUGUUAGACCUUCGCAACGAGAACCACAGCCUCCAACAGAAUGCUCUACGUGCCCAGCGCGAGGUCCAAGAGGCCAGAGAUGCAGCGGCAUCCGAGGUGCAACGGACCCGCAUAUCGGUAGACGCUGAGUUGGAGGCCGCCAAUAACCAGGUUAACAGCGUACGCAGCGAGCUGGAGGAUGAUGUCAUCAAGAUCAGGGCCCAGCUUGACCAGGUCAGGAUGGACGCCGAUACUGCCAACGCCCAGCAUGAGAUGAUGCUCGAGGCGGCACAGAUCUCCCAGCAGACGCAACUUGACGAAGCUCGAGCUGCUAAGGAAAGCGAGUUCGAGGCGAUUGUUCGCAAGCACCAGAACGACAUUGAAGAUCUCCAGGCUCGAUACGAGCGGCAGAUCAGCAAUGGUGCCGAAGACGCACAGCGCGCUGAGCAGAACCUCAUCGAGCGACUCAGCCUGUCAACCUCAAAGACCGAACUUCUCCAAGACCGUGUCACGCACUUGGAAGACAAAGUGCAGAUUGCUCAAGAAGCCGCCAAGGCCGCUGCUCAGGCGGCUGCACAGGCCUCCAAGGGGGUUGUCGUUCCCGAACAUUCCGUUCACCACCCAACUCCUGUCGUUCAGACCACCAAGCAGCUUGCAGAAGCUAUGCAGCUUCCUGAGAAGAUCUCGCCGCAAGCUCUUCGCGAGUCUAUCAUGGUGUUGCAGGAGCAGCUGCAGGCCCGUGAACAGCGUAUCGAAGAACUCGAGCAGACUGUUUCGAAGCUCGAUCCUGACUCUGCAACCAAGAUUUCCAAGCGAGAUGACGAGAUCACCUGGCUACGUGAACUCCUGGCUGUGAGACACGGCGAUCUGCAGGACAUCAUCGGUGCCUUGUCAGUGGAGAACUUUGACAGUGAGUCGGUCAGGGAUGCCGCUAUACGUCUAAAGGCCGGUCUCCAGAUGGAGGAGCAGGAGCGCGAGCGUGCUAUGAAUGGUGGCUCAGCUAUCAACCUGCCCAACAUCGCUGCCACGAUCCAGAAAGCCGCAACACCCCGCGUUGCUCAAGCCGUGGGACCUCUGGCUGCUGCUUGGGGUAACUGGCGCAAGGCAAACCAGCCCGUAUUCCGGUCAUCGCCCGCCCCUGGCAGGAACGCAACUCCCUCGAAGGCCAGCCCAGCUCCUUCACAGAACAGCUUUCUUUCAGGACUCAUGACACCGCCCGCCUCUAACGUCCGCAACACGCCUCAAGCAGAGCAUAGCCAACCACAGCCUACAGCUUUUGGCAACACGGGUCGCCGCUUCACUGCCGAGCAAUUCGCCAACAGAUCUCGUGGCCCCCCAAUGAGUUCAAGACAAGCCGAGAAAAUGCCCAUUGCGAGCACGCCGCCUCCCCGACAAGAGGAGAGGAACCCUCAGACGCCCCCGAUGAUGCGGUCCGGCUCCUACGACGCGGAUGCUCAAGUCGAAGAGUUUGAUGAUGCAUCCUUUUUCGACGACUGA